AACUUGAAUCUGAAAUCGAUAGUUCUACCGAUGAAAUUCCUUACCCCACGCUCUAUCCUACCGAAGCAACAUCAACAACGGAUACAGCCACCCCAAGUGAGAGGUCAGAAGUAUCUUCAGACGAAGGCCAGCGAACAUCCAGUAUCCCGAUAGAAUCCUCCACUCCCGAGUCCUUGUAUAGCCUGAAUAAGAAAUAUUCAAGGAACAUCAUGAAUGCUCUAGGGUCAUCUAAGGGUAAUUGCUCGUCUAAGAAUGCUCUCAUCCGUCGAUCAUGGUCUCGAAUUUCAGAUGAUGAUCGCAAAGACUAUCUAUCCGCCAUUGGUUGCAUCAAUCGCAGGCUUCAAAAUACCAUCCAUGAUGAAGGUCCCACAAUUCACACUGACGCCCUCCGUUUCCGUAUUGACGACUUUGUAUUGGUGCACACAGAAUGGAGCUAUCUUAGUCUGUUCUCGGGGACCUACUUUCACUGGCACCGAUGGUUUUUACAUCUCUACGAAACGGCUCUACGAGACGAAUGCGGCUACACAGGCACCCUGCCAUACUGGGACUUCUCAGAAUAUGCCGAUGACAUCACCACGGAUCCAAUAUUUUCUGGCGAUUCUGUCUCUAUGGGGGGUAACGGAGCUGCUAAAUCACACGGAUGGGUUCGUGUUAACUACUUCGAUGAGAAAUUCAUGGUUCCGCCAGGUGAUGGCGGUGGUUGUGUUUCCACCCCUCUGGAAAACUACACUGCCCGCCUAGGACUUCCAUUGGUCUACGACACUGAUACAGCCAAGACCACAGACCAUCCAUGGCCCACAUAUGAUGCUGCUGGCUAUGUCGCAAUCGUCAAGAACAAUGGCUAUGACUGGAAUGAUCGUUGCAUCACUCGAGACCUGAGCCCAUGGAUUGGUCAACUCUUGGAAGCAUCUCGCAUCGAGUACGACUUAUCAUGCCCGGACUUUGAGUGCCUAAUGAAUCGCAUCAAUGGCCUCGAACCGGCCUACCGAUAUAUCCAGAACCUCGUGAACACUGCGAGAUUUGCAGUAGGAGGUCUGCAGCUCGAUCCUCUGACCGCGCCUAAUGAUCCGAUAUUCUGGCUCAUCCAGUCCAAUAUAGACCGCCUGUUCUCUGUCUGGCAAGGCCAAGAUCUGGAAGCUCGUGUUAACCAGACUGCAGGAAAACAUAACCCGUGGAAUCGGGAGUCGGAGCAUCCCUACCAUGGCGAUCCGGUGAGGCUUGACGAAGACCUGACCAUAGGUCCCAUCGACCAGAUAUGGACGCGCUCUACAGGGGACUUCAGCUCUACCAUCGAUGGGCCUUUACUUUGCUACUACUAUGACUCUCAUUGACAGGAACGUGGACGAAGAUGCAUCAACAAGAAAUAAAACGGAACAAUGGCUCUGAAUGGCUCUGAAUGGAAACACGACUCCUGAAACAUACGCUAUGUCAAAUGAAAUAUAGCUAGCUGGUUUAUAUGUAACGAAGAUUGCUUUUGGUAAAUGUUGUUUUAUGUCUUUGUGCAGAAUGUUGCAGCGUUCGUAAAGAGCAUAUUACCUAAGUAUGUUUGUUAAGUCUAUAUCAAUCAUGGAAAUAUGGUGCGCAAUGUCCUCAAGUGGUAGACUCCUCAUAAUCUGCAUAAUCCUC